CCCGCACUGAAGUGAUGCGCCCGGCUGAGGGAACGGCCUCAGGAGCCGCCUUGCCGGCUCUAAACGCAGCGUGAGGGGGAGCUCCGUCUCAGCAGCACGGCCCGCAAAGUUUGCCCUGGGAGGAGGAGGUGGCUUUUUGGCAACGUGCAGUUUCCUACUGCCCCACUCUUUGAAUGACAGAAGAGUCCUGUGCCAUCUGUAUCCUUGGCCGCCUUGUUCCCCUUCCACUGGAGAAGAGUGAGGCAGGGGACUGAUGAAGUAGCACCAGCAGCAGGUUGUGGAAGAUGUUGUGGCUGCUGGUAGCUUUCCAGGUCCUGCUGUUGCUGGAGACAGUGCUAUGGAGCACAGGCACAAAGAUGUGCCCUUCAUCAGAGUGUGAGUGCUCAGAGUGGGACCACUACAAAAUCACCUGCAGGGACACACAUCUCAUUCCCAGCUUUCCACAGGACACCAGAACCCUGAGGUUUAUGGAGACUCAUCUGAGAACAAUUCCAAGUGGAGCAUUUUCUAAUCUCCCCAACAUCUCCAGGAUCUAUAUCUCCAUAGAUGCUACGUUACAAAGGCUGGAGGCCCAUUCCUUCUACAAUUUAAGUAAAGUCACUCAUAUAGAAAUUCGCAAUGCUAGAAGUCUACAUUACAUAGAUCCAGAUGCCUUUAAAAUCCUCCCACUGUUAAAAUACCUUGGAAUUUUCAACACUGGAAUUAUGAUAUUUCCUGACCUCACCAAAAUCUAUUCAGCUGAUGUGAACUUUUUACUUGAAAUUGCAGAUAAUCCUUACGUGACUUCAGUGCCUGCAAAUGCAUUCCAUGGGCUAUGUAAUGAAUCCCUUACACUCAAACUCUACAAUAAUGGCUUCACUAGGGUCCAAGGCUAUGCUUUCAAUGGGACGAAGCUGGAUGCUGUCUACCUGCACAAGAACAAAUACCUGAAAGUUAUUGAAGAAGAUGCAUUUUUGGGAGUGAACAGUGGACCAACCCUACUUGAUGUUUCCCGGACCAGUGUUGCUACCCUUCCAACAAAAGGACUGGAAAACCUUAAAGAACUGAUGGCUAAAAAUACAUGGACAUUGAAGAAACUACCUCCCGUAAAGACUUUUCUUCAUCUAAUGCGAGCUGACCUGUCCUAUCCAAGCCACUGCUGUGCUUUCAAGAACUGGAAGAAAACCAAAGGAAUUCUGGAAUACAUGAUGUGUAACCAGACCAGCAGUCACAGCUUUCGUAAGAAAAGAUCUGUCAGUACCUUCAAUGGCCCUUUUUACCAAGACUAUGCAGAAGAGGAUGUAGACCGCACUGACACCGUGUAUGCUGAAAACUCCAAAUUCAGGGAUUUUCAUGGCAACUCCCACUACUACGUUUUUUUUGAAGAGCAGGGGGAUGCAGAUGUUGGGUUUGGCCAAGAGCUCAAGAAUCCUCAAGAGGACAACAUCCAAGGCUUUGAUAGCCAUUACGACUAUACAGUCUGUGGUGGCAGUGAAGACAUUGUGUGCACUCCAGAGCCUGAUGAGUUUAAUCCCUGUGAAGACAUAAUGGGCUAUAAAUUUCUAAGGAUUGUGGUAUGGUUUGUGAACCUGCUGGCUAUCCUGGGUAACGUUUUUGUCCUCUUCAUCCUUCUCACCAGUCAUUACAAGUUGACUGUCCCGCGGUUUCUGAUGUGCAACCUGGCUUUUGCUGAUUUCUGCAUGGGACUGUACCUUCUCCUGAUUGCGUCGGUGGAUCUCUACACUAGGUCAGAAUACUACAACCAUGCCAUAGACUGGCAGACUGGGCCUGGCUGCAACACAGCUGGCUUUUUCACUGUCUUUGCCUGUGAGCUUUCUGUAUACACACUGACUGUGAUCACCCUGGAGCGUUGGUAUGCCAUCACCUUUGCUAUGCGCCUGGACAGGAAGCUUCGCCUUCGGCAUGCUUUGAUCAUCAUGCUGGGUGGUUGGCUCUCAUGCUUUCUUCUCGCCCUCUUGCCACUAGUUGGAGUCAGCAGCUACAUCAAAGUCAGUAUCUGCCUUCCCAUGGAUACUGAAACACCGUUGGCUCAAGCCUACAUUUUCUUUGUUUUAAUGCUGAAUAUCAUUGCCUUUAUCAUCAUCUGCGCUUGCUACAUAAAAAUCUAUAUAACUGUGCGAAACCCUGAGUACAAGUCCGGAGACAAAGACACCAAAAUUGCUAAAAGGAUGGCUAUGUUGAUUUUCACUGACUUCCUAUGCAUGGCACCUAUCUCAUUCUAUGCUUUGUCUGCCAUCAUGAACAAGCCCUUGAUAACAGUCAGUAAUUCCAAGAUCCUGCUAGUGCUGUUCUACCCACUCAAUUCUUGUGCCAACCCAUUCCUCUAUGCUAUUUUCACCAAGGCUUUCCGAAGGGAUGUCUUCAUCCUGCUCAGCAAAUUUGGCAUAUGUGAACAUCAGGCUCAAAUCUACCGUGGCCAGACAGUCUCAGCCAAAAACAGCAGUGGUUCUUAUGGCCAGAAAGGCUGCCGAGGGACAGGUCAGGACUACCAUGACCCUCAUGAUUACUAUCACCCUGCAAUUGCGAUGCAAGAGCAAAUUAUUGUGCAAGACUGCACACUGACUGUGUAAUAGCACCUGAAAGCAUCACAACUGCAGUGCGAUCAAUCAGAUGGUAAUUUAGUGAUCCAAAAAUAAAAAAUCCAGUGAUAAGAUACAAUUUUUCCUAGCUGUUUUUGAGGAACAUCGGUAGUGAUUUGAGCUAUUCACUUGAAUCUCCAAUCUUAUACCACUGUCAAUGUAAGAGAGAGGGUGCCAGUUAUGAUGACAAUACUGGAAGCAUGAAUGAAAACUCAGUAUAAAUCAGAAAGUGAACAUAUAUAUAUGAAAUUUUGGACAUGCAUUCUUCUCUAAUUGUCUAACGGGAAAGGGAGACAGCAUAA